UCGUGGGAACUAGCAUUUCAACGAUGUCGAUGGCUUCGACUUUGGGAAGAACUCUCUUGAUAAGAAGUUCCAGACUUUGCUCCAAGAAGUACUUGCCUUUAUUAGACUCGAAAGGUGCACAAGGGUCAUGGAGCCAAAGAAGUGCAUGCAGCAUUCAUACAAUAUGUCGUCUUGGCCAGCAAGCUAACGCGGGGUCAAGCAGACCAUGGCAGUUGGCCAGUGCAGUGUGCCUAGAGAGGUUCCCGGUAGUCUGCCAAGAGGAGAAUGAGAUCGAGCAACGCUACAUUGACAUGAUCAACAAUGUGGAGUUGGAGAAGAGUGCCCUAUCCCAGCAUGAGCUGUCUGUGGCAGCGGACAAGAGGAGAAUGGCUAAGAAGCAGUCUGGAGAUCAAGAUGAAGAAGACGAAAAGGAUGACGGUGGAGAUAUCUUGACUGCUCUUGACUUGGAAGACAUAGCCACAGAGGAGUUAGCUCGCUUUCAAUUAGCCCCAAGAAUUACAGGAGCUGAUGAGAGGGAUGAGAGACGCUCCCUGGAUCGUCAGCUCUCUGAUAAACUAGUUUUGAUAGUCAAAUACAGGAUGGGAGAGGAAAGUGCCUGGAUACUUCCUUUUGGUGCCAGGGAAGAAGGAGAGACAAUGAAGAAUGCAGCUGAGAGAGUACUUGGGGACCAUGCUGACAAUACGGGGGCUCUGAGGGCUCACUUCAUGGGUAACGCACCGGUUGGUUUCUACAAGCAACGCUACCCCAAGGCGGUCCAGGAGCAAACUGGGAAAGCAGGUGUCAAGGUGUUCUUCUUCAAAGCCCAGCAUGUAUCAGGAGUAUUUGAGACCAAGAAAGAUAUGCCAACAGUGGAAGACUACCUGUGGGUAGCCCAAGAAGAACUGCAUCAGUAUCUAGCAGAACCCUACCUACAAUCUAUCCAGAAGUUUAUGUUGCCUUUAUGACAACGCAGUGAUUCAAAUUUUCACGGAACUUAUGAUUUGAGAAAACAGUGACAUGUAUGCAUGGAAGAGGAAUUUGAAAAGUACUCCUCCUCUCCUUAACGCAUUUCAUGGCAGAUUAUGACUUAUUAUCAUAUUUACAUCAAGCUGGGAGCAGAAUCCAAGUGGCCAAUCCCACUCAUCCUAGUCUGCAGGCACAGGCUCCAAUUGGACACUAAAACGCAUUUCUAUAACGUCUUCAGCGUAGCCUAACUCUGCCAGUCUCUGGAGCAGCUAAAUAAAGUACAGAGCUUGUGGGGUGCAGUAUACUGUGAAGUCUGCAUAGUCUCAACAGUUCAGACACUCUUUUACGCAUUGUAACUGACAAGAUUUUGCGCUUGUACACUCCUCAUUUCCUGGAGUAAUGACCGUAUAGAAAAGUGGUAAAUGAUUAAAGAACUUACCUUACAGGUAUAAUUGAUUGAAGGUGUGGACUUGAGGGAUUAAAUGUUUGUAUAAUGUGCCCAUCAGCACCCCCCCCCCCCCCCCCAAGCCACCUCCUCGGACUACUAGCUGUCCCGAACUGCUAACCUAUGUAGAACCACACUUUUGACAGUUACCCCAUUGGAUGACUCCCUAUGGAAGUUGUCUAGGGGUAGUUUUCCUAACUAUGUAGUUAUAUGAGGAAGUACAGAUGGUACAAUGUAGCUGUAGGUGUAGACUAGAACAAAAAUUGGAUGUGCAUCCAUAGUUAACCCGUUGUCAUGCAGGCAAAAAGUCAUCAAGGAACUUUGUUUUCAUGAAAUACUGGAAAUCCUGAACUGGUAAUUUUUAUCUACUCUAUAAUCCAUGUGAUAUGAUUAUCAGUUUGUCCAAUUUAUUCUUUAUUAAGUUUGGUUCCAUUGUCAUUUUUCUGCACUUCAUAAUAUGUAUUCUAUUAUUAAGGGCCCUUGACAUACCCUGUUGCCCAUAGCAGCAAUUUUUUAAAGACCAAAUGUGUGUAAGCUAUGUUUGCAUGGCACUGUUGUAGUUUCAAACUUUAAUUCAUCAAAACGUCAAAAGUUUUGAAUAACAUCCCGCUAAAGUUAUGGAUUCAUGUAGCACCAAAUUAAUGACUUAUAAAAUUUUUAGAUACGAACUGUGCUGGCUGUUAGUCGUAACUACAAACUGGUAAAAGCUCAAAGUUAGGUGAUUUCGCAUGGGACAUGCAGACCCCUUGCUGCUAGCAAUUUUCUAUAAGAUCGCUCAUCUGAAACUUCAUCAGACUUAACUUUUCAUGAUCAUUGACUACAUGAUAACCUAGAAAUUAAAGAUGGUGACCACAAGCUAAACUUAAAAUGUGUAGACUGGCGUGUAAACCUAGCUUUUGACUUAAUGGAUUAUAGUUUAAAUGGAUAAUGGCCCAAACUGAUAUUCGAGAACAGCGAAGUGGAAAAAUUGAUAAUGAGAUGAAAUGAUCAUACGAUCACAAGGAGAAAAGACAAACUGGAAGGGAGCAAAAUACCAGUAUAUAAGAGCAAUGGUUUGGUGAAGACUACUCUAAAAUUUGUAUUAUGAGAAAUAAUAAAUAUCAUGAACAUUGAUUUUGUUUAUCAAAUCUAU